AAAAACCUAUCCAACAGUCCAGCAUCUCAGUGGACUACACACCAUUACCAACCAAAAAGUCUUGUCUCUCUCUCUCUAAAACUAAAACAGUAGUCGUGAAUACAAAGAACAUUUCCUCUCUCUAAAACAGAAUUUCACACACACUCUCUCUCCCCAUCUGUACCUAAAUUCCUACGCCAAUAUUUUCUUCUGGUACUGAGCCAUGGCGGUGUGCGCGACCGACACGGCUCGAGAACUGGCGUGCAGAGACAGCCGAGCGGCGACGAACCUCAAGCUCAUAUCCAUCUUCAUCAUCUUCUUCACAAGCGUCGUGGGAAUAACGUUGCCGGUGAUGCUGGCCCGCCUUUUUCACGGCAAGCCAGUGUACGACAAGGCUAUCCUGAUAAUCAAGUGCUUCGCGGCCGGUGUAAUUCUCUCCACCUCAUUGGUCCACGUCCUUCCCGACGCAUUCGACGCUCUCGCCAACUGCCAGGUGGCGUCACACCAUCCGUGGAAGGACUUCCCGUUCUCCGGCCUCGUCGCGCUGAUCGGAGUACUCGCGGCUCUGUUAGUGGACCUAACGGCGACUUCACACGUGGACAGUCACGGUCACGGUGAGAAGACGAGCGGUACUCAUUACACGCCGAUCACAGAAGAAUUAACAGAGAAUUGUAAUAAAUCGAAAUCGAAAUUGAAAUCGGAGGAGGAGCGAGUGGAAUCGGGCGAGUUGACGACGAGUUUGGAGGGAGACGAGUUGGUGAAGAUGAAGCAGAGAUUGGUGUCACAGGUGUUGGAGAUAGGGAUUAUAUUUCAUUCGGUGAUAAUAGGGGUGACGAUGGGGAUGUCUCAGAAUAAGUGCACCAUAAGGCCGCUUGUUGCUGCACUCUCCUUCCACCAGAUCUUUGAAGGGAUGGGCCUCGGAGGUUGCAUUGCUCAGGCGGGUUUCAGCUUGGGAACAACAGCCUACAUGUGCUUCAUGUUUUCGGUGACCACACCAAUGGGGAUAGUGUUAGGGAUGAUCAUUUUCUCGCUGACAGGCUACGACGACAGCAGCCCAAAUGCCCUAAUUCUGGAAGGGCUUUUGGGGUCCCUAUCUUCAGGUAUACUCAUCUACAUGGCACUCGUCGAUCUCAUAGCUCUCGACUUCUUCCACAACAAGUUGAUGAGCUCUCAAUCAUGGUUGAAGAAGGCAUCGUUCAUUGCCCUUGCUCUUGGCUCUACUUCAAUGUCUAUCCUUGCUCUUUGGGCAUGAAUUUUGUACAAAUUUGCAACACAAAAACUAUGUCAUUGGAAGCAUAGCUUUGAACCCCAUUUGAACUUUCCAUUUAUGUACGUUCAGAAACUAUGUCAUCAUGUUGAAUUUUAUACAUUAGGGACAUUAAUAACAUAAUA